CCGCUGCGCCGGCGGGAGGUCGUGCGGCUGUGCAGCCGAUCAGUCCACCCAAAGGGGCGGGGUUGGAGGACUUCGUCUUCACUUGACGGGCUCGCGUCCGGAGCGGUGGCGGGGUCGGGGCCGGACAGUGCGGCUGCGCAGCCGAUCUGUACCCCCAGAGGGGCGGGGCUGGAGGACUUCGUCUUCGCAGACUCGCUUUCGACCCAGGGGUGGGGGAGGGGCCAGGCAGUGCGGCUGCGCGGCCGGCCUGCCCUCCCGGGGGGGCGGGGCUGGAGGACCUCUCGGGCGACAGGUCCUAUCCCACGGUGCAGCGCGGCGGCCACUUUCCCCCCACCAACGACCGGAGCGGAGAUGGCGGCGAGAGGCAGAGGAAGGCAGCCGCUGGCGGUGGGAGCCUUCCUGGUGAUGGCGAUGGCGUGUUUGUCGGCAGCGGAUACAUGCACUGAACCAACAAUUGUUCCUUCAUAUUACACCACCUCGGACGCUGUUAUCUCCUCCGAGACCGUCUUCAUUGUGGAAAUCUCCUUGACCUGCAAAAAUGGAGCUCAGAAUGUCGCCCUGUAUGCGGAUGUCAAUGGCAAGCAGUUCCCUGUCACCCGAGGACAAGAUGUCGGCCGCUACCAGGUAUCCUGGAGCAGUGAGCACAAGGCUGCCGGCUCGGGCACAUACCAGGUCAAAUUCUUCGACGAGGAAUCCUACAGCGCCCUGAGAAAGGCCCAGCGUAGCAAUGGGAACCCAGCAACCAUCGCGCCGCUGUUUACCGUCACUGUGGAUCACCGGGGUGCCUGGAGCGGACCUUGGGUUGCGACAGAAGUGGUUGCCGCAGUGAUCGGAUUACUGGUCUACUAUCUGGCUUUCAGCGCAAAGAGCGCCAUCCAGGCGUGAUGUCGUUGGUGGGGGGGUGCGGGGUGCUGGGCGUGGAGCUGG